UAUUGUUCUCCCGAAGAUUGGUGAGCGGAUUAGUGAAAAGCAACUAAUAUAUUCUCCCCAUGUAUACAUAAAAAAAUAUGUGGUGAUUAGAAAAUGUUAAUAAGUCAGUUAAUCUCUCUUUACGGAAGAGCAGAGUUCCCUAAUUGUUACACUGUAUUCCUUAAGGAUCCACAAAUCAGGGUGUAUGUGUUGGGAAUGUACAGCUUACAUGCAAGAGAUUUACUAUGCGAGGCAUACAGAAAACAGUUUCAUUAUCCAAAAUACAUCAUGAUUACUUUUCCCUGGUAUGUAUCUGAAAAAUGGUGGGUAUCUGAUGCACCAUCGAGCAACUGCACUGUUGAAGAAAGGGAAAAGGCAUUACAUCAUAGUCUGGCCGCUGCUUCAUCU